AUGGCUGGAGAACGCUCCAUUCAUCAUGCGUCUGCGAGCGAUCAGGCCAUAGCGACGGGAAUCGAACACGACCACAAGGACAAGAAUUUCGUCCGAACCAAAGCAGCAGAUCUUGAGGCCGAGGCGCACGGUGACGGUGAUAAGGGAUCCGACGACUCUUUGUUUGGGGAAUUGGAAGGAAAAGAAAUCACCCCAGUCGAGGCAUUCAAAUGGAGCGUUGAGGGGGACCAGUCUCCUUUUCCUGAGGUCGCCGCGUGUGUGUCCAACAAGGAUGAUCCUAGCAUACCCUGCAAUACUGUCCGUGCCUGGAUACUCCUGACGAUCUUUGUCACUCUCUUCGCGGGUGUUAAUCAGUUCUUCGGUCUUCGAUAUCCAAGUCUCUCAAUUGGUUAUGUCGUGGCACAGUUGCUCGUCUAUCCCAUUGGGCGCGCCUGGGAAAGGCUUCCACGGUGGAGAAUUCCACUGGGCAAGUUUUCCUUUGACGUCAAUCCCGGUCCGUUCAGUGUCAAGGAACAUGCUCUGAUCGUAAUUUGUGUGAAUAUUAGCGCAAGCACGGCGUAUGCUCUGGGCGCUCUUGUUGCUAUCGAAAGUCCUGUUUUUUGGAACCGUGAUUAUGGUGCAGGAUUCGGCUUCCUCUACCUGUUAACUACUCAGAUGCUUGGAUUUGGAUUUGCCGGACUUGCCCGUCGAUGGCUGGUCUAUCCGGCUGCCCUUGUCUGGCCGACUUCGCUAUCUUCCACGGUUCUCUUCCGUGCGCUUCAUGAGCCCGAAUCGCGCACCCCAGCCAACGGAUGGACGAUCACACGAUAUCAGUUCUUCAGCUACUUCACACUGUUUGCGUUCGUUUUGUUCUGGUUUCCCGAUUAUAUCUGGACGAGUCUCAGCACAUUUUCCUUCAUUACGUGGAUUGCGCCUCACAAUCAGAAACUCAACACGCUCUUUGGCAUGAACUCUGGUCUUGGACUGCUGCCAAUCAGCUUCGACUGGACCCAGAUCAACCAGGCCGGAAAGCCUCUUACCACACCGUUCUAUGCUACUUGUAAUGUGUUUGCAGUUGUGGUUCUAUUCUACUUCUUUCUCGCCCCUAUACUAUACUACUCAAAUAUCUGGAACAGUGCAUACCUCCCUCUCCUAUCAUCAAGCACCUUCGACAACACGGGCGCAACUUAUAAUGUCACACGCGUCGUCGAUGAAAGCCUCAAUUUCGUCGAAAGCAAAUACCAGACCUACUCGCCCAUGUACAUCUCCAUGUCUUACGCUCUUACCUUUGGGCUCUCCUUCGCAGCCGUCACUUCCAUGAUCGUCCAUACCUAUCUCUACCACGGCUCCGAGAUCUGGGCUAAGCUCAAGAACUCGCGGUCUGGUGGUGAGGAUAUCCACCGCCGGCUAAUGCACGCUUACAAAGAGGUGCCGGACUGGUGGUAUGCUGUGCUCAUGGUGGUGAUGGUGGGAUUGAGUAUUCUCACCAUACGAUUCUGGGAAACCGGGCUUCCUGUCUGGGGAUUUAUCGUUGUUUGCUGCGGUCUUCCGGCGAUCUUGACUAUCCCGGAAGGCAUUCUUGAGGGAACGACCAAUCAACGAGUUUUUCUCAAUAUCAUCACGGAGCUGAUUGCUGGGUACGCUUGGCCUGGGAAGCCCAUUGCCAACUUGAUGGUGAAGUGUUACGGUCAUAAUUCUAUCAAGCACGGCAUGGACUUUGCGCAGGACUUGAAGCUAGGACAGUACAUGAAAAUUCCCCCACGUGUUCUGUUUGUCGGCCAAAUCUAUGCCUCCGUGCUAUCAACCAUGACUCAGACCGGAGUCCUGCGGUGGAUGUUUGGUCAUAUCACUGAUCUUUGUCAAUCAACCAACACUCAACGAUUUACAUGCAACGGAGCUAAGGUGAUGUACAAUGCCUCGUUGAUCUGGGGGACUAUCGGUCCUCAGAGGCUGUUCCAAGCUGGUCAGACCUACAACGGAUUGAUGUACUUCUUUUUGAUCGGACCCGUCGUCACCGUACUGGUGUAUCUCGUAUAUCGGCGCUUCCCUAACAGCUGGCUGCGCUAUGUCAACAUCCCGGUCUUCUUCAACGGUGCCGGCAAUAUUCCUCCUGCGACGACAACUCAAUACUCCCUCUGGUUCAUCUUUGGGUUUAUCUUCAACUAUCUCAUUCGCAAACGUGCCUUCCCAUGGUGGAAGCGAUACAAUUAUCUUCUUCAAGCCUCCAUGGAUACUGGCACAGCCUUGGCGACUAUUAUUAUCUUCUUUGCCCUAGGCUAUCAUGGUGUGAAGCUCAACUGGUGGGGAAAUACAGUUGGAUCAAACACAGAUGAUGCAAACUCUGUCCCUUGGCGUACAGUUUCUGAGGGAGGAUAUUUUGGCAAAGGACCCGGCCAGUUUUAG